AUGGGGAUAUUUGCUCAAUAUGGAAUUAUGAUAGAAGAACUGCAUGUGAAGACAUCAUUAAAGCAACAAACAACUUUCACAUCAAAUAUUGCAUUGGAAUCAGCAGUUAUGGAAGUGUGUAUAAAGCUCGAAUUUGCCUACACCAAGGUAGUGAAUGAAAAGUGUGACGUUUAUAGCUUUGGAGUGGUGGCCAUAGAAACAAUCAUGGGAAGGCAUCCAGGAGAACUGCUCUCAUUGUUGGCUUCGUCCUCUGCUCAAAACAUAAUGCUAAUUGAUAUCUUAGACCCGCGCCUUCCAUCUCCGACUAAUCCUGUUGCAGUAAGGAACAUUACUCUAGAUGCUGCAGUGGCAUUUGCAUGUGUACUCGUGGUAGUAUACAUGGUGAUGACUAUAAUUACAGCACCAGCAUUGCCUAAAUCAGCAUCAUUGUCACCAUCGUUUUCAUUGUCAAUGGAGGUGAAAGCUCUACUCGACAGCCGUUGGUAUUCUAACCUCACCAGAGUCAUCCCUGAUGAAAUUGGUACUCUGUCAAGCCUCACCUACCUUGAUCUCUCCUAUAAUAAUCUCAUUGGAAGUUUCCUACCUAUUACCCUAGGUAACCUCACUCAACUAACCCACCUCAACAUUUCUGGUAAUUACAUCAAUGGUUCCAUUCCUACAGAACUGGAAACUUUCAAAAUCUGCGGUUCCGUACCUUUGCAAAAAGGGAGACUAAUGAACCUGGUUGAAAUGAAUAUGGGACUUAACAACCUUCAAGGUUCAAUUCCUCCAGAAAUAGGAAAUUGGGCGCAUUUGAUUCUCUUGUACCUUAGCCACAACCUUCUCACAGGUCAGAUCCCAUCAUCUCUAGGUCAAUUGAUGAAUCUCAACUCUCUUUAUCUGUCUGCAAAUCAGAUCGACGGAACAAUUCCUCCUGAACUUAGGGAUUUGCCCAGACUUGGUGAUCUUGAUUUGUCAUCGAACCAACUUUCUGGCCACAUACCAAACUUCCAAAUUAUAAGUGCAAUUCAAUAUUUAGAACUUUCACAGAAUCAGCUCAGCGGGACUCUCCCAAAGAAGCUAGAAUAA